AUGAGGCAGUUUACCAUGGAAGUGGUAUUCGGCGAAAAACAUUACACAACAGGGGUAGUCGAAUUCAAGGCCAGUCCGGGAUGGCUGCAAGAUCCCGAGGAGAUUGACGAAAUUAACAGGAGGAGAGCCUUGCGGGUUACUCUGGGCCUUGGUAAUUUCCCCUAUCAACUGUUGAUGAGCAGAAAUGUGAAAAAGCCGGUGCCAGCGGUUGAUUUCGCAAACAGCGUUGCAAGUGUUGGCGGGCUGUUCAACCAGGAACAAAACAUAUAUGUCACGCCCACAGAGUAUUUCACCACAAAAUACAGGGAAAUUUUCACAAACGCAAAAAAUCAAGCAUACGAUAGGGAAAGAGGCAAGGGCGUGGCUGGGAGGGCUAAACAUGAAAUAUUGGCCGCAGCAGCUGAAUAUUUGCGCUACGGUGGGCCACCACUGGUUCUGGUAUUUCAAAGGACAUUUUGCUGA